AUGUCUACUGCUAUGACAAGAUUCCUUGCUCCAAGAUACGUCGUGCCAUUCAUUGGCGCUACUGCCUCUCUUGGCGUUGCUUACCACUACUCCACACAGUCAUUUAUUAGAAAUGAAACCGGAAAGACUUUUACUGGUGGUGAUGAAUGGAUUGACUUGACCUUGAAGAAAGCUGAACAAUUGAACCACAACACCAAGCAUUUGGUUUUCGAUUUGAAGGAUAAGGAUGACCUUUCAGGCUUGGUUGUUGCUUCCAUGUUGAUGACCAAAUUUGUCACUCCAAAAGGUAACAACGUCAUUAGACCAUAUACACCCGUCUCGGACGUUAAUCAAAAAGGUGACAUUGAGUUUGUCGUCAAGAAGUACGACGAAGGUAAGAUGUCGAGCCAUAUUCACGACUUGAAGGAAGGUGAAACGUUGUCAUUCAAAGGUCCAUUUGUCAAGUGGAAGUGGGAACCAAACCAAUUCAAAUCGAUUGCUUUGAUCGGUGGUGGUUCAGGUAUCACUCCAUUGUACCAAUUGUUGCAUGCAAUCACCUCAAACCCCGAAGACAAGACCAAAGUUCAAUUGUUCUACGGUAACCUUUCUCCUGAUGACAUUUUGAUCAAAGAUAGACUUGAUGAAAUUGCCAAGAACAACAAGGAGCAAGUCAAAAUUACUUACUUUGUCAACGACAAGAAGGGAAAAGACUUUGACGGAGUAGAGGGCUUCAUUACUAAGGACUUUUUACAAAAGAAUUUGGACAAGCCAAGCCCCGACACCAAAAUCUUUGUCUGUGGACCUCCAGGUUUGUACGAUGCUAUUUCAGGUAACAAGAAGUCUCCAUCUGAUCAAGGUGAAGUUACUGGAGCUUUGGCCGACUUGGGAUACACCAAGGAACACGUUUUCAAGUUCUAA